AUGCCACAGCAUGCUGGAGACUUCGGCGUGCUGAACGUGCACAUGGCAUUGGUGCACGUCGCCCAUCAGACGAAGGUGUCGAAGCUUGCAACUUUGGACCCCAGCGAGCUCAAGGAGAACCUGCGUCGGCUCAAGCACGCCAAGGUGCCAAUCCCCGAAGUGAUGCAGAUAGCGCUCACCAACAUGUCCUUGCGCGAGGUCUUUGAUAAAGCGCUGCAGACGCGUGGGGGAGGCAACAGCAUGGCUGAAGCGUUCGUCGCUUGCAGGCCGUACGCGGUGCACGAUGACAUAUCCAUUACUUCGUUCGACCCUUUGGAUCCCAAGUUGAUUGAGAUGGAGGUCGGCGACGCCACGAAGCUUGGAGAGUUCAAGGCGACCUUCUGCAAGGACUUCGUGAGUGGCAUCGUGCUCAAGGACGCUGCGUACGAAGAUGUUGCCAAAGAGUUGGUCCAACAAGUGUUGCCGCUGGUGGAACAAGACCUGAAAGAUGGCAGAGUGCCCGCGGACUUCAGCAGCGACUUCUACGAACUGACAUUGAGUCUGAGGGCGCUUCACAGCCUUCUCCUGCCUCAGCGUGACGACGACCUCGCUGAACAAGUGGUGGUGUUGAAUGAGUUGGAGCAGUGCGCGCCUCCUGAGUCACCUUCCAGGCAGAAUGAGCCGCAGAGCAUUGGCAUGUUCGUCAGCGCGGCGUUGCUGACGGCGCCGUUCUACCAGAAGAAAGCCGAGGAGUUGCGGUACUACGACGCCAAGGACAAGAAGCACAAGGAUGAGGCAAACAACCUGUCUGAUGAGUUUGGGGCGUACGUAAACCUCGGUGUCGACGGACUCGCCUCGAAAUUCUCUGACGUGACCCGCCACCUGCAGCUCUUCAUGGAUAAGGCCCCCCUUUGGAAAGCGGUGAUGCGCCCUGGUGUCAUGGACGAGGCCUGCGAGAAAGCCAAGAAGGUGCCUGGGGCAGUAGUCCAGGGGCUGUCCCACAACGAGUUCUCUACAGACGUUGUUUCCGCCGACCACCUUGCGAGCAUCCGCGAGUCCGUGACCCUCGCGACUAAGGUGUACGUGAUGGACGACGAUGUACAGACGAUGGCAACCAAGAUAGACUAUGUGAUCGCAGCUUCGAAUUCUAAGGCCCGCAUCGAUGUCUUGAAACAAGCCUUCAAUGAUAUUGACACCUUGCCGUUGGCAGAAGACGGAGUGAUUGCAGACGAUGCCCCCUAUUUGAAGCUGGUGUCGGCUUGCAACAACAUGGCGGGCAUCAAGCUCCCCGAGGAGGUGAACGCAUAUGUCAUCAAGUGUGCCAGCACCAUCACCAAGCACGCUUUCAAGGCCUAUUGCAACCAGAUUGGAGGGGAUGCUGCGCUGGGUGAUGCCCUGUCUGCCCUGGCGGUGGUCUCCUCAAGCAACCAGGACGCCAAAGUGAUCAAAUCUGCCGCCGUCAUGUGCCGUGCUGCGGUAGGCUUCUUCGAUCGGUUCAAGGACCUCGUCUCCGAGAUGCCCAACGUUGGCGGCGCGCUCCAGGACGUCUCGCGCGCGAGGUCGUGCACGAGAGGCGCCGUCGGCAAGGCAAAUGCGAUGGCGAAGGCGGUGGGUGUCUUCAAUGACUUCUGCGACGACCUGGCCUGCAAGUGCGAGCACUUGGCUUUCGCCGACCAGUUCAAGAAUAUGCAGCAGAGGAUUUCGGACAGCGUGAUGGUCGUGGUCGGUUACGACGAGAAGAAGCUCAAAGAGGCGGCCGAUGAGAUCGAGCCGUGCUCGCAGGGCGGCCAGGACGGCAAGCCUUGGUACGCCGACCUCCCUGACGGCGCCGCCCUGAAGGCCUUGCAGGACCUCGCCAACGACAGGCUGAGCGUCCAGAAUUUCAACAUCAAGGACACCUGGGAGGGAAGGGGCAAUUUUGCGUCCGCCUUCAAGGACCGCGACGCCUACGUGCAAUACGCGGAGGCCGUCGGCCACCGCCUGCACGACGACAUCAUCCAGCAGGUGCAGCGGGUGCAGAACAACGUGAAAGUUGUAGAGUUGGAGGGCAGGGCGAUGCACCUGCUCAAGACGGCCUCGGGCAAGAAGCAGCUCCAGGCCGACAUGGUGAAGCUCAAGGAGAAGUUCGCCGACGUCGGCGGCUUCGAGAGGGCGCGCGCGCUCCUGAGGGGGCGGUGCGAGAAGGCGUUGGCCUUCCAGUAAGGCCGCUCUGGCCUCGGACUCGGCGCCAGGGCCGACCCUCCACCUCCCCCCUGGCUACUCUUCUUGCUGCUUCUGUUGUUGCGUCGGGUAUUCGGCCCAUGCGUGGGCCCCUGGCUGCAACCCAGAGCCAGAGUCUGGCUGCAAACCAGAGCCUGUUGCAACCCAGAGUCCGUUGCAACCUUGUCGCCACUAUUCGUAGGCCUAUCGGCC